AUGGGGGUGGUGAGCAAACAAGCAACAGAUCCCGGGAAGCGAAAAGCAGCACUAGGGGAACUCGGGAGUGGGAAUAGUAUUCCGUCGCCGGAGAAAGGAAAAAAAAGAAAAGAGGAGUCAGAGAGUCAUGACCCUGCAGUGGAAUUCGGUGCGAGGUCAGUGACUUGGCUGGCUACCUACCCCUAUCAGUGGCUCUGGGAAUCGGAUACUUGCCUAAUUGGGCAAGGCGUGGGCGUGCCUGGCUCUCGGACGGUCGGAAAACGGCACUCCAUCGCCAUUCGGCCUAUCAUUGCUGUGGCUGAGUUGGGUUGGACCAAUGGCAAGGAUGAUAUGCACGGAUCAUCCGCGGGUCCGUCCUGGUCUUUUCCCGGUCGGGUCUAG